GCUCCCGACUGACUUUGAGAGGAACGGGAGAUUUGAGGGCUCAAGCCGCAACGUAGCCGUGGAUCAGAAGGACGAGAACAAGGAAGCCAAGCCCCGGUCGCUGCGCUUUACCUGGAGCAUGAAAACCACCAGCUCCAUGGAUCCCAACGACAUGAUGAGGGAAAUCCGGAAGGUCCUGGACGCCAAUAACUGUGACUAUGAACAGAGAGAGAGGUUCUUGCUUUUCUGCGUCCACGGAGACGGCCACGCGGAAAACCUGGUGCAGUGGGAGAUGGAGGUGUGUAAACUGCCAAGACUGUCCCUGAACGGCGUUCGCUUCAAGCGGAUAUCGGGAACAUCCAUAGCUUUUAAAAACAUUGCUUCCAAAAUUGCCAAUGAGUUAAAGCUGUAACGAGACAAAUAGUUAAGUUGUAAAUUAGUUAGCGAUUUCAAGUGGUUUUGAGAAUUCCGAUGGAAAUGUAUAGAAUAACAUUUAGGCAAUAACUUCUGCAUCCUUCUGAAUAGUGAUAUUAAAAACCAACAACAACAACAAAAAAAGCUGCUGAGCUGGGAGGGAGAGUUGGACUUUUUUAUAAGUGCACUACAGCAUUAAAGUUGCCUACUAUGUAAAAUAUUCCCCCUUCUGCUUUAUUUCCAUUGCUCCUCAGUCUUCGACGACGAGUUGAAACACAGAAUAUAUUCAUUGAAAUAUGCCUCCCGUUUGUGUGGACGUGUGAAUGUACAGUAUGUGUGUAUAAUAUAUAAAGUAUUCUAUGUAAACGAUUCAUUUACAACAUCGAGCUGUACCAGUACCUCUUUUGGGGCUAAUUUUGGUGCUAAAAAAAAAAUUGAAACGGCCAAGGAGGAAACACUUGAGUUUAAUAUUUAAAAGAAGCGAAGCGAUAACCAGGAACUGCAGGUUUACAAUUCACUGCUGUGUUAAGGAAAACAAAGUGUGUGAAGGGUUUGGACUUACGGUUGUGAACAUGCUUAGUCCUGUUUUCUAAGUAGAUCUCAUGAGAUGAUUAAAAAUUCACUUUUACUGAGUAA